AUGGGCUCAACCGAUAAAACCAAACGCAUUGUCUCUGCCGUCGCGGCGACGGUGGUCGCUCUUGCGGCCGGAACCAACUAUGCAUACUCAGCAUGGGCGCCUCAGUUCGGAGAACGGAUGAAACUUUCGUCAACCGAAGUCAACUUUAUCGGUGCGGCCGGUAACCUGGGAAUGUACGCCUCAGGCAUUCCCCUGGGCUUAUUGACUGAUGCUCGUGGCCCACGACUCACAACGCUGUUGGGUGCGAUAACGCUGGGAGUGGGGUAUUAUCCAGUCUAUUCAGCCUACGAGCAUGGUGAGGGAUCGCUAGGAGCAGUGCUUUUGUCUUUCUUCGUCUUCCUCACAGGCUUUGGGAGUUGCUCUGCCUUUUCGGCCUCCAUUAAGACAGCGGCAUCCAACUUUCCAGACCACCGCGGGACGGCAACUGCAUUUCCUUUGGCAGCCUUCGGAUUGAGUGCAUUUUUUUGGUCUACCGUCUCGACCAUCGCUUUCAAGGAUGACACUGGUCGAUUUCUCCUAUUGCUGGCGCUGGGAACAUUCUCUUUGAACACCGUUUCGAUUCCGUUUCUUCGAAUUUUGCCCCCCAGCGGCCCUUACGCGCCACUAUCGUCGUCUGAAUUGAGAGCAGAGUCUAGGCCGCUGCGCCGGACCAAGUCCUCCGAGUUCUCACCUCACGCAGGAGAAUCUGAUGAAGCAGGUACGCAGAGUUCUUCUACUCUUGAACCACAGCGUUCCGUGCGUGGCCGGUCGCAAUCCAUCGUAUCCAAUUCCCACUAUCCUGUACACAAUUCUGAUGUCGGUGAAACCUCGUCUCUGGUAUCCAAGUCGAGGUCGUCACAAGACUCCGUGAACGAGGGUCAUCCCAAACACAACACCGAAGAGGAUCAUGAUGAUGCUUUGUCUGACAUUGGCAUGGACUCACCCCACCCAGACAUUCGAGGCCUUGCAAUGCUCGCAAAGGUCGAGUUUUGGCAGCUUUUCCUGACCAUGGCGCUUCUUUCUGGUCUUGGAUUGAUGACUAUCAACAAUAUUGGCAACAGCACCAAGGCACUUUGGAAUCACUACGACGACAGCGCGUCUGCCAAGUUUAUCCAACAGCGACAGGUCAUGCACGUGUCCAUUCUGUCAUGCGGAAACUUUAUCGGCCGCCUUUCUAGUGGUAUGUGGCCCUAUAUGUUCGUAGUUCUGAAGCCGGCUAACCAUCCUCCACUCGUAGGCAUUGGGUCAGAUCUUUUGGUCAAGAAACUGAACAUGUCUCGUUUCUGGUGCCUGUUCAUUUCCGCAGUCGUCUUCACCGGAACCCAGCUUGCUGGCGCCAGCAUAGACAACCCUAACACAUUGGUUAUCGUCUCUGGUUUGACAGGAGUCGCGUAUGGCUUCCUCUUCGGCGUCUUCCCAUCCCUGGUCGCCCAUACAUUCGGUAUCGGCGGUCUCUCCCAAAACUGGGGCGCAAUGACCAUGGCACCCGUUCUGAGCGGCAAUAUCUUCAACAUGCUUUACGGAAGCAUUUACGACAAGCACUCUGUUGUCGGUCCGGACGGCGAGCGGGACUGCCCUGAUGGACUAGGCUGUUACCAAGCCGCGUACUAUACCACGUUUUUCUCCGGUCUUGCCGGAAUUGUGGUUUGUCUUUGGAGUAUCACGCGUGAGAAGCGGAUCCACGCUCACAGCAAAAAAGCUGAGCAUGAGCGUCUUGCUUAG